UCUCCUCUUCUCUCCACCUUCUCAUUGUUUCAUCAUUAGUACGUUCACCAAAUUAGAGGACGAUAAUGAUUAACCCUUCCCAACAUAAUAAACUGCAGGUUGGCAUCGAGGAAGUACUCAAGAGAAAGACUGUGGUAUUGCUUAUAUCGGACCUUGAUCAUAUUGAGGAAGAAGAGCGCUUUGCCCUUAAGAGAACCUACGAUGAGGCGAAGAAAAAGUCAGACCUUCAGUAUGAGAUCGUAUGGAUUCCGGUCGUCGACAGGUCAACUGAUGAAGAAGCGAGUCGAAAGAAGUUUGAGCAGCUGCAGGCAAAGAUGUCAUGGUACACGGUGGCCGACCCUUGGUUGCUCGACCCAGUAGUCAUCAGGUACAUCAAGGAGGAGUGGCAUUUCUCGAAGAAGCUCAUUCUGGUGGCGUUGGACCCACAGGGUAAGGCGGUCUGCAACAAUGCCCUCCAUAUGUUUAUGGUAUGGGGAAAUAUUGCAUACCCUUUCACUGUUGACAAGGAAGAAUCACUCUGGAAGGAAGAGACCUGGAAUCUUGAGCUACUGGUGGGCGGCAGCUACCCAGACAUAUCGGAUUGGAUAUCACAAGGGAAACACAUUUGCUUGUACGGAGGAGCAGGCCUCGAAUGGGUCCGGAAUUUUACUGCCGCAGCAAAAGACUUGGCCAAGACUGCAGGCAUUACCUUGGAAAUGGUUUAUGUCGGAAAGAGCAAGGCAAACGAACGAGUAAAAAAGAUCACCUCAACCAUCGCAACAGAAAAGCUCAGUCACUGUUUUCCAUACCCGAUCUCAUACUUCUGGACCCGAUUAGAGAGCAUGUGGUACUCCCGGAGUCAACACGGCAAGACUGCCGAAAAAGUCAGGAUACUCCAGGAGGUGUUGGCGAUGCUGAGCUUUGACGGAAGUGAACAAGGGUGGGCAGUAAUCAGCAAUGGAUUGACCGAGAUGACAAGGGCCAACGGCAACACAAUUUUGAAAAUCUUUAAAGAGUUCAAGCUUUCGGAGGAGGAAACCAAGCAAAAGGGCUUUGUGCCGGCCCUCAAUGAGAUCAAUAAGACGUUGAGCCAGCAGCACCACUGCAACAAAGUCCUCCUUCAGUGGACAAGUACUGGCAUGCCGGAGGAGGUGCUGUGUGCAGAUUGUGCACGUCCCAUGGAGAAGUACUUCAUGUAUCGCUGCUGCACCGAUUGA